CUGCUGUUGAUGAAUACAUAUCAUACUCCCUAAUCAAUUGUAGAAAUAGGAAAGACAGCAAAAAAAGUUGGGAGGCAGACAGAAUAAGUCAUGGAGAUAGCCACAGUACCCUCCCCGAGAAGUUAUCCACAACCAUCUCCUCACCCAUGGCAAACAAGGGCAAAGAGGAGUGGACUCUCUGCAUCAAAAUCUGGGGCUGUGUCUGUCAAACCUGUAUCGAAAGGAUGUCAAAAAUGCGGUGGAAAAGGUGCAAUUGAAUGCCCUGGGUGUAAGGGAACAGGAAAGAACAAGAAGAAUGGGAACAUCUUCGAGAGAUGGAAGUGCUUUGACUGCCAAGGAUUUGGUCUCAAGAGCUGCCCCAGCUGCGGCAAAGGAGGACUCACACCAGAACAAAGAGGAGAAAGAUAAAGAGACAACUGCUUCUCUCUCUGCCCUCAAUGUGUUCGAGCAUCCAAAACCUCUUCUUUUGCCUCCACAUUGUAUCUUCCAAGUACAUGUCCUGAGUCUAUGUGAUGGGUUGCAUCCAACAACACCAUGGAAACCUCCAAAUGUGUAUAAUAGAUAGCCUCAGAAUGUGGAAGGACUUCAAAUUCACUUCUCAA